GCUUAACAGCUUGGAACCGCAGAGUACUGCUGGUGCUAGUCGAUAGCAAGCAAUUCAGAUACGUGUAGUGAUAGUGCGCUCAUGCAAAGCUACUUCACAUAAGAUACACGAAAACGGUUUUAUAUAGUUGAUACGCGGCAUGUUCCGGACUCAGUCAAUGCUUGGCGGUUGUCGUUAUUUCAAGCUCCAUAUUUGUGGGUCUUGGACUCUCUGAUUCUCUUCAGCGGAAUUUUCAAGCACAAUAUACUUUACGAAGAUAUCUUGUGGGGCUCAGAUACGUAAGCUUCAAGUGGAAGAUCUUUAUUUUGUGUCGCCUGUGUUGCUCUACGGUGGAAGCAGCUUACGUUUGCCACCGAUUGUCGCCAGAAUAUUUCACUGAAACGUGCGCGGGGUGACCUACACCGGCAAAAACCGCGAAUGUUCUUCUAAGAUAUUUUGCGAGAGAUACAUCUAGUUUAUUUUAGUUCUCGACCGAGCCAUCAGACAGACUAUAGGACAUUACCAGGAAAGAUAAUUUUAUUCUUGGUGGUAGACGCACGCUGCCUGAGACGCUCUCAUUGAACCAGUUUUUGUUGACGUGUUCCGUGGCUUAGUUUAUCGAUGAAACGCUAUAACUUUUCGGUUUAUCAACUCGAAUUGUUGCCAUAGUUGGAAGUUAAUUUGCAUUCUUUAUUGGCUGGUCAGGUUCGGACUGGGAACGCGUUACUGUUGUGAAGUGUCUCAGCUAGCGAGUUUCUGGAGCUAGUAUAGUGGGUUAAGCGUCUUUGGGCUAGAGGCUUGGUAUGGGUGCAACUGACUGACCAACUAGCGACGACUUGCAAGUGCCGUGCCUCCAACUUUCUAGCACCAGAGACUGAAGUUGCUGAAGAAGUGUUUGCUUGUUAGGAAGCCCAAGCUCGGAACUUUUCCCACCUGGAAUGUGAGGAAUUCGAAGCUGCUUAACGUUAAUCAACUGAGGGGUGGUCACGUUGGAUAUUGUGGACUCAUUCGAGCAUAUUGUAUAAUAUAUUACAUGUGAACCCACGAAUUGGAAAGAAACAUCCCUAUUAAGAGCACCUCCUAUGCAUAUCGAAUAACAAUUGGUUGGAAAGUUCUUGCGGUGGAACCUGCCGUACUCAGGAGUUACAUUGUUUCUCUCAUAACUCGAAACGACUUCAGCUUGUCGAUUCGCAUCACUCAGCGCCUUCCGUAGGCACCAGAAGUACAGGCGGCAUUCCUGUCCACACUCUUGCCAACACACUCCUCAAAAGCACUCGUGCUACUCUGGCCUCCUUAUCACCCUCUUCUCAUUAUAUUUCGUGAAGGAAAGGCGGAAAACAUUGCAACACGUGACUAAAAUAUCGAUGAUCGAACUCUAUAACGGUCUCCAUUCAGAAGAAAAUUGAAAAGGAAAAGUCGUCUCGUCCUAGAACGACAAGCAGAAAAACGGAGCAGGCAUAAGAACUUCAUCAAAUUCUCAUCAUCCUGUUGCCGGCUUUUCGUCGUCUGCUCCAGCUCUACGGUUGCUUCCUUCCUUCAUUGUUUUGAUCCGGGACGCUGUUGUUUUACAGUCACAUUGCCGUGGCGAGGUGCAGAGAAGGUUCGGUUCGCAAGGAUUAUUCGAGUGUGAAAGGACCUUUAAACUUUAAAUCCGAAACGGGGGAUUGCAAAUUGUUUCGUUAGUGGACUCUUUAUCGAGUUGUGUACAACUGAACAUAGACCGACUCGGAAAACCCGGGAGGACUGGCGAAGGACAAGCACGUAGAGCCCUUGAUCUUAAUAGCCCUAACGGCUUUUCAAACAGAUGAUUUAAUUAGAUUGAACUUCAGGAAAGAUACCCAUUUCUCUACGAAAUUUCAGGACCAACUAUUUUGUCACACGACAACUCAGUGGAUGCAUUAAAACCUUUAUCUAAAAACCCAUUUAAGACAAAAUAAAUCGAACGACUUUUAUACGGUGAAUGAUAAUAGAUAGAUAGUGGAAUCUAAAAUUUUGCAAGUUUAUCUUUUUGCGGGCCUUGUUUGUGUUCGGUGUGUAAAGUGAAUUCGUGGUUGAUAAGAAAAAGUUUGAUAACAUUUGCUUGCCUUGUUGAAGCCUUGAACGGAAAAGUCAGCGAAUAUCACCCGAUAUUACUAGGAAUUUUCGGUCUUAGUGGUUGGAGCAGCGAAGAUGAACACUCAUCGGAAUAUGAUUGCAAAAAUCAUCACAGUGCUUUCGAUUAUCGUGUGUUAUGUGUCGAGCGAGGACUGUGGUCAGGAGGAGCUGACAAACUGCGCCAGGCCGCUACAAAUCCUACAAUCGACGUCGGAAUUGUCAAUUGCCGCCAAGAAGGAGGAACUGGAAAAACUUUGUCCAGACCUGCACAAUGGACUCCAUUGCAUUCGGAGCUACACGCGACGCUGUAUGACCCUUCAGCAGCGCAAUCAAUUCAACAAAAUGUAUCACGGGACGAAUCAGGUCAUUCGGGAUUUGUGCAAGGAAGGACAGUAUCAGGAUGAAUUUCUAAAACAUGCCCCAUGUCUCCGUGUAGUCCAGGCUGAGUACGAGGUUUGCACCAAACGCUAUCAGGAAACAAUGGCAUUCAUCAAUCAGGCUAAAACCCAAGAAAACGUCACACUCACAGAAGACGAAAGUGUUAGAACCGUUUGUUGCUCAUUCACGGAAUACCUUGACUGUUCCGAGCAAGCAGCAAGAAAGACAUGUGGAGAAGAAACAGCACAAUUUACUCGAGGAUUUUUGGAUAAAAUGUCAUCGACGCUAGUAAAGACAUACUGUGACAGCUACUACAAAGGUUCUGGUAGGUGCCGCGAGUUCGAGUCAGCCGCACCAUCUCUAGGACUCUCCACUUCGCUCAUCCUAUCUGCGUUACUAUCUUAUUUACUGUUAAACAGAUAGAUUUCGAUUUAAAAAAAUUAUAAAGGAUUUCAUCUAAUCUAGCACUAAGUAGAUCAUAUCAACGAUUUGAAUAAAAGCUAUUUAUGAAAGAUAAUAAUAUUUUAUUCAAAAUUACUGUACUCACCAUAGAAUGGAAAGUGAAAAAUGAAGUAUCUAAAGAUGAGUCGUUUGGGUAGAUAUACGGUGGGAGGAUGGAACCCUCCAAAUAUUCGUGAAAGAUACUCCUUGUGUACUUCGAGUAGCUGAUCUUUAGAUACACCAUUUUUCUCUUACACAAUUCUUUUUAUUAAAAUUACCAAGACAAAUUGUUCAAACGAAGUUUUCCAAAAACACAGAAAAUUUUUUCAAAUUCACACAAUCUCACAUUACAAAGACAACGUUAUAUACGAGGUAUUCAAAAUACACCAUCUAUUUAAUGAUAUUUUUAUACAUUUAUAGAGAUUCGAUUGAAAGAUAGCAAACUGUUAUUAUCAUUCUCUCCUUUAUUGUUCUUAAUUUUUUUGCUAUUAUUGUUAAAAUCUAAUGUAGGCACAGAUAAAACGUAGAUAAAGGACAUUUUUUCAUUAGAAAAAGCAAGUUAACGUUAGUUAAGAAUUAAAAUUGAUUAGAAUUAAUAAAAUUGAAAAAAUUAGGAUAAAACCAACUUCAGAUGCAGAAUACAAUUCAACAGUUUCAUGUAAGCAAACCUGUAUUAGUCAUAGGAAGCUGUACGAGUAGAUACUUUGGAUGCAACCAAUCUCAUCCUCAUUUGCAUGUUUGUUGUAGUUAAACUUUUUUGAAAUUAUGCAAAAACACGUUCUAUACUUUCGAAAUAGAUAAAGUAUCUAUUAUAGAUAAAUGCACUUCAGUUUCCUUGGCAUGUUUUGAUAUUCUUUCAUAUCUUUCUUGUUACUCGCAUUCAGAACGGUAAAGAUACAUAUGUAUAUUCAGAGUUACAAACAAUUACACAAUAAAUAUAAAAAAGAUACAACAACAUUAAUGUUAAUAGUCCAAAUAGUAUUAAAUAGUAAAUCCAUCAAAAGAUAUUUAAAUCUUAUUUUCACAGUUUAUCUUUCAAACUUAUACUUUUUUUCCGGAAAAUCUAGAUAACGAAUCUGUACCCGAAACUGAUUCAAAGAUUGUUUUCGUAGUCCAGUUCUAGGUUCCAAUUAAAACUUUAUUUUUUCUUUGAAGUCGUAGAAAAGGACUCGUCUUAGUUUGACUCCUCCCAAGACUUUACUUGAAAGGGAUAUUAAAAGAUUGAGAAGGUUUUUUGCAUGGUUUAUUGUUUAAGUUAUAUUUGCUGUUAUAGUCUUAGAGGAACUGUUAGUUUUUAGUGGACUAUCUUUUGUAUAUACGUAAUUAAAGAUGUUAUCUUUCGUUAUAAAAUAUAUUAUAUUUGCAGAA